AUGGAACACGAACGUGAACGCCUGCUGGCCUUCCAGACUUGGGAUUCGUGGGUAUCGGACCUCUUGGCGAUCUCCGCUAUUGGUUAUCCGCUAAGUGGGCAAAACACUCCACCACCCUUUCACACUGAAACUUUUGACAACGAAAAAAUGGCUCCUCUCUUAGUCUCAGAAACUCAGAAUAAUAGUGCCAAGCGUAUCAAGAGGUUGUUCAAACCACCUGCUGUCAAAGCAAGUAGAUCUCGUCCAUCUUCAAAGAUUGCCAAAAGAAUUCGCUCUAGUUCACGCUCGCGAUCCCGCAAAGGGUGCGGUAAGAUGCUGUUAACUAUCCAUCGCAUCACUCUCGAUUUGGAAGCCGAUACGGCAUCAAGCUCAGAAUGGAACAACUGCCAUGCCAGUGAUGCAGACUCUGACACAGAUUCUAUAGCAUAUUUGCACAUAUCGGAGUUGCGAUCAGAAACGGAUGAAACUUUGCCUCGACCUCAUGUCAGUCCACCGAUUCCACCAAACAAGUUGGAGAAGAAACACACUUCCCAGGUGCUGCCAACUAGUUCAAAGUUGGCUAAAAAGGAGUCAACCAAAGAAGUCCUGGAGGUAAGAGAGAGCGCAGACAGGCAAGGAAAGGUGGAGGAGACCGAAAAUUUAACAAACAAGGGAUCAUCAUAUGAAGCUAAGGUGGAGAAUAGUGAGAAGAAAAAUGGAAAGGAGGAGGGUAGAAAAGAGGAGGCAAAGGAUGAGGUAGAGGAAACCAAACUCAACUUGAAGAGAAGUGCAAAAGUGCUUUUCUCCCUCAAUACUCAACCAAGCGCUGAAAAAACAGAAGAAUUGAUCAGUCAAGGGUUGCAUGAGCUUACUACGUUGGGCACAGAAGACUACGGGAUUCGAAGAAAUGCUGAACUCACUCCGCGACUGUCUGAAAGAGAUGAAAAUGACUUACCAGCUCAGGCUUUCCCCCACUUAGCCAGGCGGUGGGCCCACCAAGGAAGCAUUGAAAAUCCGAACCGAUUUUUUGACUUUUUAGUGGGAGACCGCAACAGUCUGCAAGAGCCACAAAGUACACUUGAUUUGGUGGGAGAUGAAGAAUUUUUUGAGGUCAGUGAGGUAAAGCCUGGUUUCAGUGAGGCUCAAUCUGAGUGGGAAACGAUAGUCCAGGAAAGCAUGACAGAAAGGCCACUGAAUGAGUUUACCACACGUACGGUUAAGCAUAGAUCCAAAAAGGCAAACGCCAACCGAAAUAACAACGCAGUUAGCGGAAAGGGAGACGUAAAAUCAAAGUCAAAGGGAGGAACGAAGGCAACUCGACAAAUAUCAACUCCAUUUUUGGUAACGAAGAAUAGACGUGAACCAACCUAUCCCCACCAAAGUGCCCCACAUCUCCAAAGGCCCAAAAUGACUUCAGAGUACAUGGAUGAUGCCAUCAGUUCACCCCGGCGCUCAGCUGCAGGUACUAAAAUCCCGGACUCUCCAGAGUCUUAUUGGUCAUCUUCUACGUGGUUUGAACCCUCCGCUCCCUUCUCUUGUGCAAUUCACUGCCAUCAAACCCCGAGGUCUGUCGAGUCUGUUCGAGGUAAGUCACUUUCACAGCAUACAUUGAAGGUCGUCGGUUCGAAGUUGUCCAAAAUGAAACGAAGACUCCCUCGACGCGCUUCAAGCUUCAAAGAGCAGUUGGAGGAUUACAAUAAGAAAGGGUUGCCUCAUAGAGUGGAAGACCUGUUAUCUCAAAUUGUCGAUAAAUACGCUAUGGAUAUACGGGAGUACGUGCAAUAUCUGCAAGUAUUAAGAGGCAAGAACAACGCUAACAGAAGUUGGAAGUCGUCAGCUGAACAGAAUAAUUGGGGCCAGUGGACGCAGAAAGAGGCAAGAGAGUUUGAGGAGUUCGUGUGUUUCAUCAGCAUUGAUACGGCGGACAUUGACGACAUUGUCCUCCCCUUUCGAGUCAGUAUCUCGAGGCAUAAGCUUCUUACUCGGGCCUUCAAACUCUGCCACCAAAGUUCGCUAAUGUCGAAUGGUAAUUUCGUCGAUUACAAAGAUAAUUGGGCAAACGCUCCUCACGCCCCGUUCGUAUGUCACUUACCGCCAGAUCAUCCAAUUCGUUCCAUGCUCAGGAGCUCAAGUGGAUCUCAGGAUCGACGCAUCUUCGCCAUUGAGAACGAUAUUAGCGGGAGAAUACUUCUUGCCGAGGAUAAAGUCAUUUUCGUGCGUGGAUUGCCCUGUUUUCAGGUUCACAUUCUAGCUCCAACUGCUGCUGCAAUUGGCUUAGCGCUAAUGCAAAUGGAGCAGCGUCUGCCCUCACUUUACGCCAAACUGGUAAUCACCGAACGCUUGCCCACGAUUCAUUCACAAAGGGGAGAUAAAUCAGUUCAUGCUCCUACAAUGGGAAAUUUUACAACUCGUUUUAACUAUUCACCACAUUUGGCCCCAAGAAUCACUGUGACUCAUGUGCCAUUAAGCGCGACUCCGGAGGAUCGGAGAGACUUCGCCUCCUAUCAUGUCAAUGAGGAUGAUCCCGAGUUGGAGCACAUUAAGAUGAGCCAAAAAUUUGUCGACAAACUCUGUACAUACCGAUGA